CCCCUCCCCCCAGCUCGACCCCGGCGUGGUGCGCAGGCGCAGUCUGCGCGGGGACUGGCGGGACUGCGCGGCGGCGACAACAAACAUGUCGGGGGUCCGGGGCCUGUCACGGCUGCUGAGGGCUCGGCGCCUGGCGCUGGCCAAGGCGUGGCCAACAGUGUUGCAAACAGGAACCCGAGGUUUUCACUUCACUGUUGAUGGGAACAAGAGGGCAUCUGCUAAAGUUUCAGAUUCUAUUUCUGCUCAGUAUCCAGUAGUGGAUCAUGAAUUUGACGCAGUGGUGGUAGGCGCUGGAGGGGCAGGCUUGCGAGCCGCAUUUGGCCUUUCUGAGGCAGGAUUUAAUACAGCGUGUGUUACAAAGCUGUUUCCUACCAGGUCACACACUGUUGCGGCACAGGGAGGAAUCAAUGCUGCUCUGGGGAACAUGGAGGAGGACAACUGGAGGUGGCAUUUCUACGACACCGUGAAGGGCUCCGACUGGCUGGGGGACCAGGAUGCCAUCCACUACAUGACAGAGCAGGCCCCUGCCGCUGUGGUCGAGCUAGAGAAUUAUGGCAUGCCAUUUAGCAGAACUGAAGAUGGAAAGAUUUAUCAGCGUGCAUUUGGUGGACAGAGCCUCAAGUUUGGAAAGGGCGGACAGGCCCAUCGGUGCUGCUGUGUGGCUGAUCGGACCGGCCACUCGCUAUUGCAUACCUUAUAUGGAAGGUCUCUGCGAUAUGAUACCAGCUAUUUUGUGGAGUAUUUUGCCUUGGAUCUCCUGAUGGAGAACGGGGAGUGCCGUGGUGUCAUCGCACUGUGCAUAGAGGACGGGUCCAUCCAUCGCAUAAGAGCAAAGAACACUGUUGUUGCCACAGGAGGCUACGGGCGCACCUACUUCAGCUGCACAUCUGCCCACACCAGCACCGGCGACGGCACGGCCAUGAUCACCAGGGCGGGACUUCCUUGCCAGGACCUAGAGUUUGUUCAGUUCCACCCCACAGGCAUAUACGGUGCUGGUUGUCUCAUUACGGAAGGAUGUCGUGGAGAGGGAGGGAUUCUCAUUAACAGUCAAGGCGAAAGGUUUAUGGAGCGAUACGCCCCCGUCGCGAAGGACCUGGCAUCUAGAGAUGUGGUGUGUCGGUCGAUGACUUUGGAGAUCCGUGAAGGAAGAGGCUGUGGCCCUGAGAAAGAUCACGUCUACCUGCAGCUGCAUCACCUCCCUCCAGAGCAGCUGGCCACGCGCCUGCCCGGCAUUUCAGAGACAGCCAUGAUCUUCGCUGGGGUGGACGUCACGAAGGAGCCGAUCCCUGUCCUCCCCACUGUGCAUUAUAACAUGGGCGGCAUUCCCACCAACUACAAGGGGCAGGUCCUGAGGCACGUAAAUGGCCAGGAUCAGAUUGUGCCUGGCCUGUACGCCUGUGGGGAGGCCGCCUGUGCCUCGGUACAUGGUGCCAACCGGCUCGGGGCAAACUCUCUCUUGGACCUGGUUGUCUUUGGUCGGGCAUGUGCCCUGAGCAUCGAAGAGUCAUGCAGACCUGGAGAUAAAGUCCCUCCAAUUAAACCAAACGCUGGGGAAGAAUCUGUCAUGAAUCUUGACAAAUUGAGAUUUGCUGAUGGAAGCAUAAGAACAUCGGAACUGCGACUCAGCAUGCAGAAGUCAAUGCAAAAUCAUGCUGCCGUGUUCCGUGUGGGAAGCGUGUUGCAAGAAGGUUGUGGGAAAAUCAGCAAGCUCUACAGAGACCUGAAGCACCUGAAGACGUUUGACCGGGGAAUGAUCUGGAACACGGACCUGGUGGAGACCCUGGAGCUGCAGAACCUGAUGCUGUGUGCGCUGCAGACCAUCAAUGGAGCAGAGGCGCGGAAGGAGUCACGGGGCGCGCACGCCAGGGAAGACUACAAGGUGCGGAUUGAUGAGUACGAUUACUCCAAGCCCAUCCAGGGGCAACAGAAGAAGCCCUUUGAGGAGCACUGGAGGAAGCACACCCUGUCCUAUGUGGACGUCAGCACUGGGAAGGUCAGUGUGGAGCUCGUUCUCACCACAGCCCAGCACCCACACGGCCCCGCCCAGGUCUGCAGGCUGGCCUUGCUGAUGGUGAGCGGGGAGGAGCAGGCCAGAUUUAAAUCAACUCCUGACAGAUUUGAGGCACCACUGAAAAAGGCACUCUGACAGCAGUCAGGCUUCGGGCUGGAGACAGAAUCCAGUACCUGCAGGUGGUUCAGAGGAGCGUUAAGGAAGGGUUGCUCCGUGGUGUGGGCCAGAUGGAAGUCACUGGGCAGGAGCAAGCGUCCAAGGCCUGGUGGCAGGGGAGGAGAUGAUUGUGGACUUAGCAAGAAAGUCAGCAUCUGUCGGGUGGACACACAGCCACUACCAGAAACCAGUCCCACGCCAAGGGAGCCCAGAAGAGACCCCUCCCCUCUCCUCCCAUGGGCUGGGCCAACUGGAAGCAUCUGCAGGGGAGCUGAGGGGAUGUGGUGCAGCCGUUGGCAUCCCCUGGGCACUGAGCAAGCAGAGAAGGGCCGAAAUUGAGGCGGGGCGGGGUUGGGGGUGAGCCGUGUCCUGGGAACAGCCAGCUGAGGGUGUGGUAGGGGGUCGCAGCCUUGUUCCACACAAGCACAGUGUUGGGAACAGCCAGCCGAGGGUGUGGUAGGGGGUCGCAGCCUUGUUCCACACACAGUGAGUAGCGUCCUGGGAACAGCCAGCCGAGAGUGUGGUAGGGGGUCACAGCCUUGUUCCACACAAGCACGGUUCACCCGUGUGGCAUUUCCGCUGGGCAUUGAGAUUCAGAAAUAAUGAAGACAGAAAGCUUUUACCCUUAAGCUUUUCAUAGCUGUAAGAGAGAGUUGUAUAAUCAUUUAGCUGUGUCUGUGGAAGUUACCAUUGGACUCUCACUAUCAUCUAGUGUGUCUGUGAUUCAGGCAGUAGGUCAUUUUCAGGAUUUAUCAUGAAGGCCAUUUCCUGAUAGUGUAUAGAAAUCACACUUCACUCACUUAGCACAAGUCUAUUUUUAAUGUUUCCGGGUUUGGGUUUUUUGUUUUGUUUUUGUUUCUCUGAGAUAGAGUCUCAUCUCUGUUGUCCAGGCUGAAACGUAGUGGCUUGAUCUCAUCUCACUGCAGCCUCAACCUCCCCCAGGCUCAGGUGAUCCUCCCAUCUCAGCCUCCCGGGCACAUGCCACCAUGCCUGGCUAAUUUUUGUAUGUUUUGUAGAGGGGAGUUUUUCACCAUGUUGCCCAGGCUAGUCUUGAACUCCUGAGCUCAAGUGAUCCACCUGUCUUGGCCUCCCCAACAGGCAUGAACCAACACGCCCAGCCAGUUUUACUGAUUUUUAAAAAAAUACAUACUCUUUUAGAAAGUACAGAGAGAUUGAAAUAAGCUCACUAACCAGAGACGACCCAUUCUUUGUAUAUGUGCCUACCUUUUCCUGUGUGUGCAUAUUUAAUUCACAGCUUGAGUAUUCCUUCUCUGAAAUCCUUGGGACCAGAAGUGUUUUGGAUUUCAGGCUUGUUCAGACUUUGGAAUAUUUGCAUUAUACUUACUGUCUGAGCAUCCCUAAUCGGAAGAUCUGACUCCAUAGCACAUUUCUUUUGACUCUCUUUUUUUUUUUUUUUGAGACGAGUCUCGCUCUGUCACCCAGGCUGGAGUGCAGUGGCGCAAUCUCGGCUCACUGCAAGCUCCGCCUCCCGGGUUCACGCCAUUCUCCUGCCUCAGCCUCUCCGAGUAGCUGGGACUACAGGCGCCCGCCACCACGCCCGGCUAAUUUUUUGUAUUUUUAGUAGAGAUGGGGUUUCACUGUGGUCUCGAUCUCCUGACCUCAUGAUCCGCCCGCCUCGGCCUCCCAAAGUGCUGGGAUUACAAGCGUGCGCCACCGCGCCCGGCCUAGCACAUGUCUUUUGAAUGUCAUGCUGGUGCUCAGAAAAGUUCCAGAUUUUGGAGAAUUUCAGAUUUUUGGAUUAGGGAUGUUCAACCUAUAUAAAUAUUUACUUUGAAGUAGAAAAACUGGAAGUAGAUAGUUUAAACAUAAAGUGUCUUGGAAUAGACAAGGGUUCUCCCACUUCUCAUGACGGGAGCAUUUUUGUAAAGCCCUGAGAAUCUGGUACAGUGUCAUUUUCGUUGCUCUGUUCCACUCUGCGGAUCUGCCGUCAUUUACAGUCCCCUGUUGUGCACGUAGAUCAUUUUUAAAUUUGUUAUUGGAAAAUACUGCAGCAAAUACCUCUAAGUUCCCAUGCUGUAAAUCUACUUUUAUAGUUAAAAUGUUUCAAAAGGAACACAAGAGAUGGCUUUUUGUACAUUUUUGUGCUUAACUUACCACUGACUCUUUUUCAAGGUCACUCUGGAAUAUAGACCUGUAAUCGACAAAACUUUGAACGAGGCUGACUGUGCCACCGUCCCCCCAGCCAUUCGCUCCUACUGAUGAGACAAGAUGCGGUGAUGACAGAAUCAGCUUUUGUAAUUAUGUAUAAUAGCUCAUGCAUGUGUCCAUGUCAUAACUGUCUUCAUGCGCUUCUGCGCUCGGGGGAAGAAGGAGUACAUUGAAGGGAGAUUGGCACCCAGUGGCUGGGAGCUUGCCAGGAACCCAGUGGCCAGGGAGCGUGGCACUUACCUUUGUCCCUUGCUUCAUUCUUCUGAGAUGAUAAAACUGGGCACAGCUCUUAAAUAAAACAUAAAUGAACAAA